CAUUUGUACCUGCUCCACUCCUCACCCAUUCAGCAGACUUGUCUGACUGGCAGAAAACUCGACUUCAUCGCAAGGAAGAAACAAAUAUUCAACAGCCUGUAUCACUCCACAGUGAGAACGUCGAUACGCACUCAGAGCUUUAUCAGCAACCUCUGAAAAGAGAAAGGACUUUAAUUUGAAGCAGCUUGAAGAACAAAUCUGACCAAAAUGGUGUCUGCUGGCUUCCAAAUGCUGGGUGCAGCCUUGGGGAUCAUUGGCUGGAUUGGAGUCAUCGUUGUGUGCGCUGUUCCCAUGUGGAGGGUCACUGCUUUUAUUGGCAGCAACAUUGUCACCUCACAGGUCAUCUGGGAAGGUAUCUGGAUGAGCUGUGUGGUCCAGAGCACAGGCCAGAUGCAAUGCAAGGUCUACGACUCCAUGCUCGCCCUCACCGGAGACCUCCAGGGUGCUCGGGCCCUGACUAUCAUUUCCAUUGUGGUAGGCGUCAUGGCUAUUCUGCUCGCUGUAGCUGGAGGAAGAUGCACCAACUGUGUGGAGGAUCAACAGCAAAAAGAUAAAGUGGCUGUCGCAGCUGGGGUUAUGUUCAUCAUCGCUGCGGUCCUCUGCCUUGUCCCUGUCUGCUGGACAGCCAACACUAUUAUCCAGGAGUUCUACAGCCCUCUUCUGAAUGCGGCCCAGAAGAGAGAGAUGGGUGCCUCGCUGUAUAUCGGAUGGGGUGCUUCUGCUUUGAUGCUUAUCGGAGGGGGAUUACUCUGUGCCAGCUGCCCCAAAAAAGAAAAAGAACCCUACAAUGCAAGGUACACAGCUGCCACUAGGUCUGAUGCCUCAGCACCAAUAUCUGGGAAAGGCUACGUCUGAAAUAUUUACUGGGACAGAUGCACCAGAGUUUAUGGGUUGUGUGUGUUGGUAAUUCAGGUUACUUGAUGAAACGUGACUCCUCAUGAGAGUGUUGGAGUGUUUUGAGAUGAUGUUAACACCAAGAAAGGAACCACAGCCAAGUCUACAUAGUCUACAGCUGUGUGUGUGUGUUUGUGUCAAAAGUACUAUGUUGUGUAAGUGCUAACAAGUCUAGUAUAUCCAUAUGCUUAUGUAUCUUUUUAAAAUGUUCACUUUUGCUCCUGUGCUUGUAGAUUGUUUUUCAGAACUAUGUAUACAAAAUUCUCAAUGCACCACUUCUACUGUAAAUAAAUAUUUUUACUGUUUACAAAUCUGAGAAUAUGUGUUACUGUUUUUUUGUUUCCACUCAAUGUUU